AUGGUACUAAUACAUGCGAAAGGCAUUGAAGACAAUCAUCAGUUCUUAUAUGAAACGAAUGUGAAUAUUUUGGUGAAGGAUUUAAAAAAAGAAUUAACUCAAGUACAUAAUUUUCAAUGUAAGAUUUUAAAGCUUUGUGAUGCUUCAAUAGAGCUAGCUAAAUAUGGUCCUCUAAGACCAGAGGACUUAAGAGGAUUAUGUGAAGAAGAUUUAAAAAUAAGGAACACAGAAGGAUACAAUCCAAAGGAUGCAACAAAUUUGGAUCAGUACAAUUUUAGAACAGGUAUCCCACCAGCAAAAGAAGAUGGAAAAAAACUGAUGGAGGUUGUUGAGCAUGUGAAGAGUGAAUUAUCAAUUCAUAGGAUACAGAAAAAUAUAACUGUCAAUAUAAAUAAAUUAAAUGAAUAUUUCAACUUGAUAAUACAAGCACUAAAUGGUUGUUAUCCUUCCAUGGAAUCAUUACCUGCAUACGACCCUACAAGAUUAAUAAUAGAAAAGGAUAACCCUUUUAACGACCAAUUUGUAUACAGUGAUAUGUCCUUAUGGUGGGCUGGAAAAGAAAUGGAUGAGAAUUUACACCUAAAAAAUAUUAUAGGUAUGAAUGAAAAAACAAAAUUGAUCGUAAAAAUUCAACCCAAAAAAUUUGGAGCACCCGUAAGGGAAGCUAGAAUUGAUCAUGAAACAUAUAAAGCCAUGUUAGCUUAUUAUUAUAAAAAACAAAAGGAAGAAAAAGAAUUUGAAGAAGAUGAUGAUGACUCUUAUUUAAAUUCUGAAUGGGCAAAUCCUUUAAGUUUACAAAAACAGUUACAUGGAAAUUUGAAUAAUAUUAAAUGGAAGCCAUAA